AUGAUAUGUUCCUCCCGGCUAUAUGUACUUUGCCAAGCACUGGAUCUGCGUGCUUUGGACAGGGUCUUUUUCAAUGCAGCCAAGCCCGAACUAUCGGCGCUCUACCGCCGUACCGGGCCUGAGACUAUUACUCCGGUUAUAUUUGACCAAGCUUGGGCUGGUAUCACUGCCUCGUGGCGCAAGCAUAAUGAAUUCGACAUCCAAGUCCAGAGUGAGGAGGUGGCUGCGGAUCUAGCUCAUGAGAUCUUGGACGAUCUGAUAACCUCUGCUUCAAACACCUCAUCAUACGGACCUAUACCAGCAUAG